CCGAGGGGCGGGGCACACGCGCAGCUGGGUGGAAUCUGUUUUGGGAUAUUCCAGUUGUCCAGAAAUCUUGGAGUGGGAGUUGUCGAAGAGAUUUUAUUUUUGUGUGUGCGCACGUUUGUUUUGUCCGUGGAUUUGCCACCGAUUCCGCCGCCGCCAUGCCCGGGAUAGAGAAGCUGCCGAUAGAGGAGACGCUGGAGGACAGCCCGCAGACCCGCUCUCUGCUGGGAGUGUUUGAGGAGGACACUGCCGCCAUGUCCAACUACUGCACACAGCUCUACCAGGCAAUGCAGAGGAUUUAUGAUGCACAGAAUGAGCUCAGUGCUGCAACCCACCUGACCUCCAGACUGCUGAAGGAGUACGACAAACAGCGUUUUCCUCUAGGGGGCGACGACGAGGUGAUGAGCUCCACCCUGCAGCAGUUUGCAAAAGUCAUCGAUGAGUUGAGUUCCUGUCACGCUGUCCUGUCCACACAACUUGCAGAUGCCAUGAUGUUUCCCAUCACCCAGUUCAAAGAAAGAGACCUGAAGGAAAUCCUCACUCUGAAAGAAGUCUUCCAGAUAUCCAGCAAUGAUCAUGACAUGGCCAUUAAUCGAUACAGCCGCCUGUCCAAGAAGAGGGACAACGACAAGCUGCGGGCGGAGGUCGUGGAGGACGUCUACACCUCCCGCAAGAAGCAGCACCAGACCAUGAUGCACUACUUCUGCUCACUCAACACGCUGCAGUACAAGAAGAAGACGGCCCUGCUGGAGCCGCUGCUGGGCUACAUGCAGGCCCAGAUCAGUUUCUUCAAGCUGGGAUCAGAAAAUCUUACCCAGCAGUGGGAGGACUUCCUGGGAACCAUAGGAACCAGCGUCCAGAAUGUCCGUCGGGAGAUGGAGGACGAGGUGGGCCAGAUGCAGCAGACCAUCCAGCAGAUGGAGACAUCGUGCGACUCGCUGUACGCGCCGUGUGACCCUGACCCCACCCACUCGCCCGUCUGCCGCAACCUGACCAGGAAACAGGGCUACCUGUUCAUCCGCAAUAAGACUGGUCUGGUGUCGUCGUCCUGGGAGCGUCAGUACUUCUUCACGCAGGGCGGCAACCUGAUGCAGCAGGGCCGCGGCGAGGUGGCGGGCGGGCUGGUCACCGACCUGGACAACUGCUCCGUCAUGGCGGUCGACAGUGACGACCGCCGCUUCUGCCUCCAGGUCACGUCCUUCGACGGCAAGAAAGUGGUGACGCUGCAGGCGGAGAGCAGGAGGGACUGCGAGGAGUGGAUCUCGACCAUCAACAACAUCUCCAAGAGGAUCUACCUGAGUGAGAACGCAGAGGAGCUGGCGGCCAGAGUGAACCAAUCGGCGAUCGAAGCUGUGACGCCGUCACCGUCCUUCCAGCAGAGACACGAGAGCAUGAGACCCAGCAGCAAAGGGCGCGUGGGCCGAGCGAGCAGCAUUAGCUCUGUGGGGUCGGAGCCGUCGCCCGCUCUGUCUGUGCUCUCAUUGGACGCACUGGUCGCCCCGGAAACACCCAUCCAGUUUGACAUCAUCUCCCCUGUCAGCGAGGAGAACUCGGCACAGAGCAAGACCGCGGCUCAGUCGGGCAGAAGGAGUAAUCCAUUCGGAGAGUCUGGAGACGGCACAUCAGAAGACAGUGAAGAAUCGAUCCUGCACCAGCUCUUCAUCGUCCGCUUCCUGGGCUCCAUGGAGGUGAGGACGGCCGAGUCGGCCGACGUCAUCCCUGAGACCAUGAGACAGAUCCUGGCCGCCAGGGCCAUUCACAACAUCUUCAGGAUGACCGAGUCACACCUGCUGGUCACCUGCGACUGCCUCAAGCUUAUUGAUCCUCAGACACAAGUCACUCGACUCAGGUUCCCUCUGUCCAGCGUGGUUCAGUGUUCGUCCCACCAGGACAACAAGAGGCUGUUUGGUUUCGUCCUGCAGUCGGCGAGCGGGCGCGGUGACGACCGAGCCGUCUGCUACAUCUUCGAGUCCAACAACGACGGAGAGAAGAUCUGCGACAGCGUCGGUCUAGCCAAGCAGAUCGCCUUCCACUCUGAGAUGGACCGUAAGUCGGUGGAGAAGAGGAAGGAGCAGGACAAGGCCAAAGAGAAACAGCAGGAGGAACUCGACAAGCAGAGGCAGAUAGAAAAGGAUCUGGAGGAGCAGAGCCGCCUGAUCGCCGCCUCGAGUCGUCCGGCCAACCCGCCCGCCGCCGACGGACAGUUCCUGGUGCUCAGCAACAGCCAAUCGGAGGACAGCGAUGCCGGGGACGAGGGGAAGAAGAAGGGCGAGUCCGAGGCCUGACGACGGUGCAGAGGAUGCAUGUUUCACCUCCCCGGCGAGUUGGAGCACCACCCGGGGCUGGUGCCCGGGACUGAAAAACAUGUGCUCCCUCUCCAGCUGGACUCCGAUGGAGCAGAGGAUGAACUGAACGCACCCCUCGCUGUGAGAGGAGGAACAAGGGGAGUCGCAGCCCUUUCGAUUUAUUCUGUGUAAAAAUGGCGCUGCUUUUUUUUUUUAUACCGGCUCCGCUUUCCAGACCCAGAUAAAAAAAUAAUAAUAAUCAAAGAUUAACCUGUAAGUUUCUGUUUUAUAUGUUUUAUUUAAUAAAAAGAAAAAAGAGAGCUAAGAAUAAUACCAGAGAUAUAUAGAGCAGAACAGCAUGUGAGAAGGAAUUAACUACAGCAGACGGACUCGGACAGUGUCAGUGUCGGUGUCGGCUCUUGCCCAGGGGCACGUUGGCCACUCGCAGAUCCACUAGGGGGCGACAGGACACCUCCGAUGUUUUCUUAUAUCGGUGUCGUUGGGGAAUCACGUGACCUGCAAUGUUCCCGAGCAAACAAGAGAAGCAAGGGCUCUUAUUUUGAAGAGUUCUGUUGUGAUGCUUAUAUCUGACUUUGUUUUUUUUUUAUCUGUUUUAUCUAUUUCUCAAAAAUUAUCUUUUAUCUUCCUACCGGACGGUCACCGGUUGCUCGUUCUUUUCACCCCAGGAUGAGAAAUAACUCCCAGAGUCUUGAAACGUUGAAUCCAUCAGUCAAACGAAACAACAUUUGAUGAUGUGAGCUUGAGAAGUAGAAAAUUGUGGUCUUUUCUUUUUGCUGUGUCGUUUCCAGGUGUUUAAUAUACCAAACAAUUACUACAAAUAAUCGGAUUAAUUGACAAAAAAUUCAUAAUUAUUGUUCCUCGCUACUUUGAGUGAUAAAAGAGUUUAUAUCACAAAUUUAACGCUGAAGCCAAAUUCAGAUGUUAGUUUGAAAAGAUAGAAUAUUUUGGGAUGUUUGUUACUACUUCAUACUCUGACGUGGCGUAAAGAAGCAACAAACAUCUACUUUAUAAUUUUCAACAGUCAAAAUACAGUCUGCUACACACACCGACAUUUCCGUUUCCUCACUGACGCUGUUUUUGUCGGAAAAAAAGAAAUACGGUUACAAACUUUUAGAUUCUCUUAGAAAAGCAUAUACAUUUUAAUAACUCAGUAAACGUGUGUGUAAGAGCCAUGUUCCAUGAAAUCCGGACCGUCCUCCAUUGUGAUGUUAAUCUGCGUCAUUGUGUCGGGGCCUUUGUUUUAUUCAUAAAAUCUGCCUUUCACCCAGAACUGUAGAGAAUUGAACUGAACAAGCUUCUUUGUCCAGGUGGGACCGAGACGUUGCAUGUGUCUCCUCGGUCAGCGGCGGGCGGCGUUAACGUGAAGACUUUUCUGAAUCGACAGGUUACCAAUGAUUUUAUAUUCCGCUUGUUUGGGGUUUUUCUUGGGGGGGUGGAGGUUGUUGUUACCUUGACUCACACGUGUUGAUGGAGCUGCACUUUAACAACAGGCAAAACACGAGCGGGUGCUGGAACUGUACAUAUGUCUUAAGUGAUCGAUGUUGUAUAGUGUCAUGAUUAAUAAAAAGGCUUUUCAGUGCCGAAUAAAAACACUAACUCCA